UAAUCAUUUAUUCAAAUAACAAAACGAUAAGUAAUCUACGCCUGUACCCAAUACCAAAAUAUUUUUAAACUCUUCUUCCAAAUGUUUAUAUUCUUGAGCGCCUGAAUUAAAAUAAAUGGGUAAUAAAACAUAGGUAUUGUAGCUCUAUAAAAAUCGAACAUUAGCAACUAAAACUGACUGAUGCUAAAGAAUAAUGAUUUGAAAUGAAUCCAGUAAAUAGUUUUGUGUAUCCGGAUAUCCCCGAUGAUCUGAAAAAAAUUAUCUUCAGAGAUGACAAACAACGAAUGGUUGUCGGUGUUAUAGGUAAAUCAUCGACUCCAGAUUGCAAUAAACUUGUUGGAUUCAAUUUACUUACCAUUCAUCCGGCUCUAACGGAUUCGAAAUGUUGCGAGGGCCGAAUCAAAUUUUAUUUCGAGAACGAAGGCAACAUUCUGUUCUUGCAUUUCGAAACUACUUUCGACCAGUAUGUAAUGGGAGACCUUUUGAUGAAAGCUGCACAGAGUGGGAGUGACUAUAACUUUGUAAGUUUCAACAGUCGUAUAAGAACACGAUUCGCACGUAUGCUACUGUUUGCGAUUCAGGUAUGCCACAUGAUUGUUUUAGUAGAGCCAACAUCCGUGUUCGACUCGAGUUAUUUAUCAAUUUUCAAAUCAUUGAAAAUCAUUCGCGAGAAGUACGUGCUAAAGUUUCUACCCAAACUACUGAAAAAUUCUAGCGUUGGAAAUUAUAUGGGCAAAGAAGUUCGAUUGUGUAGUCCGCGAUUUUUAUUUUUCUUCGAGGGAACUAACGAUAUAAAACCGGAAGAUGUUGAAAAGUUGGAUGCAUUGGAAAAUUCUAUUGAGAAUGAAAUUUUUAGAAUGCUGAGAAAUGAAUUUAUUAUUACAAAUAAUAGUGCAAUGUCACUGUUUUCGAUACCGAGAAGCAAAAAGUUUGUUUUCUUCAAUAGCGACAGUGGAGCAAAAACAGAUCCAUUGAAUGAAUCGAUAGAUUUGUUGACGCAGUACUUAGAUAAACCAUCUGGGCAGACUGAAGCGGAUGAUGAAGAGCUGAUGAGUAGAUUAAGACCGUAUGAUGGUUACGGAAUGUCCGCGUGGAGCGUGGGAGUCAGUAAAAAUAAUAAUCAUAAGAGAAGCAUAUUAAAGCUUUUGAAAGAGCACGUCGCAGAGGCAUUUGAACAUGGUUUUGACGAUAGUAUGUCGAAGUACAGAGGCAGAAGUCAUUUUGUUAUCCCGGACAUUAAUACUUGGUUCGAGGGUUUCAAGUUGUUACAUAAAAUUUUCAUUGAAAAUCCUGAUAACAGUAGCUACGAACCAGAUGAUGCGGAUUACAGGGCAUAUUUGGAAAAUUUCCACAAGAUUAUAGACAUCGAUGAACGGUUUUUCUUCGAAACUUGUGAGCAUGGUUUGGAGCUAGCCAUGGUUAGUUACAAAGAAAUGUUACCUCAUCAUUAUAGUAGUACUUUUCACGAAAAGAAAUACCAACAAUCCCAUGAAUUGUUCAUGGAAUAUGCGAGAGGACCUGAGGUAGAAAGACAUGAAAGAAAACUAAGGGAUUAUUGCGAUUCUAUUUGGUUGAAUGGCAAACAGCAGUGCGAGUACCCUAGUUUACGAGGAAAUCCGUGUGCUUUGGGUAAACACAAGGCCAAUGAUCCAACGGAACACUCCAGUGAAGUAGUGUUUGUGUCUGCUUGUAAUUGUGGUCGUACACAAGGUCAUCGUGAAGAUCCGUAUACGAUUCGACAAGCCAACUACGAAUUCUACCAGAUCAUUGCAAAAAUUUGCAGUAAUUGCAAUGUUCUAGAAAGAAUAAAAUUCCCGAUUUUCGAACCUUCGAGUAAUGAUUUCAGAGCGGCGGAAUUUGUCAACAAGAAUUUCUCGAAUCUUAUGUCAUUCGAGAACUCCAACAAAACCCCCGACACAUGUACGCAUCCGCCAUUGACAAACGAUCAAUCCCCACAUCUUUCUGGGAGCCAGAAAAGUCAAGACGGAGCUUCAAAUCUCACUUUCAGUUUAGACGAUAAAGACGAGGAAGAGAAUAGUCCGAAAACAUACACAAGUGAAACUGAGCAAGAAGAUGCAUUGCAACAAGAAUCAAUUAAUGAAAUCGUCAUUAAAGUAGGAGAGCAUACCACAGAGAUGGAGAAAACUAUUCUCAGACAGCCUUCUACAACGGAAUACCUUCCCGGCAUGCUUCAUGCUGCAAGUCCCGCUGGAUUACUUCCACAGUUCCCAUCGUGGUCUUUGGUAUGUCUAGGACCCAGUUCAAUAUAUACUCAUAAUAGUGGCAUGCCAGAGCAUAUACAAAGUGGAUUCCUGUCUGGAACUAAUUUCUUGCUCCCAUGGGAUGUCAGUGUUCGCCUCGAACAUGCUCAGUCAUGGGCAGCAUCAUAUGAAAAAAUAAGAAAUCGAAAAAAGAAUCCUUCUCAAGCGAAAUCGAUUGAGACCAGUAACAAUUUUACAUUGAAAAUCUUUAUCGGAAUUGAAUACGAGUGCCUUCGAGGGCAUCGUUUCAUUAUGAGUGGCCCUGAUAGUGUACUGCGGGGCGGUUCCGGUAUCGUUCGGGACAGCGGCAGCAAAGUCGUUUUCAAUGAUAUGCCAAUUUAUUUUCCUUGUCCGUGUCGCAGUUCCAACGUAGCUCAACUUAUGCGUAUCCACAUUGUGACACCCAAGGCGCCGGUGAAUGUAAUUCUAGAACCAAAGGUCAAAAUUUUUCAAAAUCAUAUGCAAAAUAGUCUCACAUUCACCACUGGCCUGCCGGAGCCGAUCAAACUUAGCCAAAGUGCGUACUGGAUUCUACGAUUGCCAUUCAUCUACGAGGGUGAAAAUGGACCGUUAAUGCCUCCAACAGAGGUGAGUCCGACCAAUUCUGCGAUCCAUGGUGUUCUAUUAGCGGGAGUGUACGGAAUACGCGAGAGUGAAAUCAACGAAGAUUUACCCUAAAAACUGUUGGCAUCUGUGUGUGACACCGUGUUGAAUAAAUCUAUGUUACUCAUGAAA